CAACCAACUGACAGGAAACAACUUAAUGCUGCAGAAUCUGACUCAGAAGCUGAUGAACGACUCCAGAGAUCUGAACAGCCGGAUUCAGAUUUUAGGGAAUCAGACUGAACAACUGCAGAACAACGUGACAAUCCUSAAGAACCAAACUGAUCAGCUGAGCAAAGAAAGAAACAACCUGAACUGGACUCUARGAGCCAUCCUGAUGUUUGACAACUUUCCUGUAAAAGAUUUCUGCCCCAACCAAAAGUGUCAGCUGUGUCCAACUGGUUGGGUUCUGUUCCAGAAAAAGUGCUACUUGUUUUAUAAUGAAACUGCAGUAAACUCUGAUGAAAACUGGAAGUUGUUGAAGCCCUGGGACCAAAGUCAACAGUUCUGUCAGAACAAAUUAUCAGAUCUGGUUAUUAUUAAUAAUCUGCAGGAACAGGAGUUCGUCAGUAAUAAAGCUGUGGUCUACGACCCUGACAUCUGGCAUGGAUACUGGAUGGGAUUACGUAAACUGAACAACAUCUGGGUCUGGGUUGAUGGAAGCACUGACACACUUCAGUAA